UAUGCUUUUUUGAAGAUGGUAUAAAUAAAGAUACUGAAGUAAUCUCCCUCCGCCAUAUUUCAGAAAUACUCAUUCAUAUUCAUACUACUCAUAUUCAAAUUCAUAUUCAUAUUACCCAUAUCUGAUCAAUCAGCCAUGGAAGAUAACUUGGGGGAGAGAAUUGAGGUUUUGCUAGAGGCUGGUCAGGUUGAUCAGGUUGAGAGCAGUGAACAGACAGGGGCUGACAAUGCAUGGAGGCUCAAAUUCAACAGGGUUCCAAGGCCUCGAAUGGAUGAUAGGCCUCAGAGAAAAAUCCAUGAUUGCUUUACUAUAGUACUCGGUUCUGGUGAUGGAGUGGCUGAAUAUUAUCAGCAGCAAGAGGAGAUGCUUGAUGGUUUUACAGAAAUGGAUGCUGUUGCUCAUUGUGGAUAUCUGCCUGGCAUGUCCAAGGAAGAUUGUGAGAAGGUUGCAAAAAGUGAGAGGACUGCAAUUCUACUGUCCAACUUGGCAAAUGUUGUACUUUUUGCUGAAAAGAUAUAUGCAUCAAUGAGGAGUGGUUCAUUAGUCAUAAUUGCUUCAACCUUAGACUCACUCUUGGAUCUUCUAUCCGGAUUUAUUCUCUGGUUUACAGCAUAUAAGAUGCAGAAGCCAAAUCCUUAUCUCUAUCCGAUUGGGAAAAAGCGCAUGCAACCAUUGGGAAUUCUGGUUUUUGCUUCGGUGAUGGCUACAUUGGGACUGCAGUUUGUGCUAGAGUCUGUUCGACAACUUGUUUUAAGGAAGCGAGGUUUAUCGUUAGAAGGAGACAGGUGGCACUGGGUUGUUGGAAUUAUGGCUUCAGUCACCGUUGUGAAGUUGCUCCUUGUAAUCUAUUGCCGGACAUUUGCAAAUGAGAUUGUAAAGGCAUACGCCCAAGAUCAUUUCUUUGAUGUCAUCACCAAUUCAAUUGGUCUCCUUGCUGCAGUUCUUGCAAGUAGAUUUUACUGGUGGAUAGAUCCAGCUGGGGCAAUAGUGUUAGCACUGUAUACAAUCAGGACAUGGGCGAGCACAGUUCUGGAGAAUGUGAAUUCUUUGGUGGGGAAAACAGCGUCACCUCAUUAUUUGCAGAAAUUGACAUAUCUCUGUUGGAAUCAUCACAAAGCCAUCCGGCAUAUUGAUACAGUCAGAGCUUACACAUUUGGUUCUCAUUACUUUGCUGAAGUUGGCAUUGUGCUACCCAGUGAUAUGCCCUUGCAACAGGCUCAUGACAUUGGAGAAGAGCUUCAACAAAAAUUGGAGUCUCUUCCAGACAUAGAACGGGCUUUUGUGCAUUUAGACUAUGAAUACACUCACAGACCUGAGCAUGGGAACGGACAUUCCUAAUUGGUUAUGAUAGGUUGUAUACUUUAACUAACAUUCCCAGUGUUUUUAACCUUUUUUGUAAACCUAUUAUUGCCAACCAAUAUCCCUCUUCCAACAUGAUAUGUAGCCACUAUCAAUGCUUAGUAAUUUGUAGCUCCCGAUAUAUUUUUAGUUGCAGAGUUUUUGUUUCAAAGUAUUUGCACAGUUGACAAAAAUCUUUGAA